CGCGCGCGCUCCGCCCGGGGUCUGGCGUUUAUAGCUCGGCGCUGGGCGGCCGGUGGUGCGCGGGGUCGCAAUGUCGGGGCUGCAGGCGGGUGCAGAGCAGCGGCGCGAGGAGCCGAGCGCGCGGGCCUCGUCGCCCUCUCGCUUCGUGCUAGGGCUGGACGUGGGCAGCACGGUGAUCCGCUGCCACGUCUAUGACCGGACGGCACGGGUGCGAGGCUCCAGCGCACAGAAGGUGGAAAAUGUUUACCCUCAGCCUGGCUGGGUUGAAAUCGAUCCUGAUGCUCUCUGGGCUCAGUUUGUUGCUGUAAUAAAAGAUGCUGUCAAAGCUGCAGGAGUCCAGAUGCAUCAAAUUGUCGGACUUGGCAUAUCAACACAGAGAGCCACUUUUAUUACGUGGAACAAGAGAACAGGACAUCAUUUUCACAACUUUAUUAGUUGGCAAGACCUAAGGGCAGCUGAACUUGUAAAAUCCUGGAAUAAUUCUCUUGUAAUGAAGCUGUUGCGUGGCUCCUGCCGAGCCCUUCACUUUUUCAGUAGAAGUAAACUAAUGUUGACAGUCAGUCGCUUCCAUUUCUCCACCCAGCAUGCUACCUUAAGAUUGAUCUGGAUUUUACAAAACCUGCCUGAGGUACAAAAGGCAGUUGAAGAAGACAACUGCUGCUUUGGAACUAUUGACACGUGGCUGUUACAUAAGCUCACAAAAGGUUCUUCAUAUGCCACGGAUUAUUCAAAUGCCAGUACAACUGGAUUAUUUGAUCCAUUUGGGAUGUGUUGGAGCAAGAUCAUAGCCAACGUGGUUUCCAUACCACUCUCUAUCCUGCCUCCUGUGAAGGACACAAGCCAUAAUUUUGGAUCAGUGGAUAAAGAAAUAUUUGGUGUGCCUAUACCAGUUGUUGCCUUGGUUGGUGACCAGCAGUCGGCCAUGUUUGGAGAGUGCUGCUUCCAGACAGGAGAUGUGAAAUUAACCAUGGGAACCGGGACGUUUUUGGAUAUUAAUACAGGAAACAGCCCUCAGCAUGUUAAUGGAGGCUUUUAUCCAUUAAUUGGAUGGAAGAUUGGGCAAGAAGUUGUAUGUUUAGCUGAAGGCAAUGCAGGAGACACGGGUACUGCUAUAAUAUGGGCUCAAAAAUUAGAUCUUUUCACAGAUGCUGCAGAGACUGAAAAAAUGGCCCUGAGUCUGGAAGAUUCUGAAGGGGUUUAUUUUGUUCCAUCGUUUAAUGGAUUACAGGCCCCAUUAAAUGACCCCUGUGCAUGUGCCUCUUUUAUGGGUUUGAAGCAUUCCACCAGUAAAUACCAUCUCGUCCGAGCAAUACUAGAGUCAAUAGCCUUCAGGAACAAACAGUUAUAUGAUAUGAUGCAGAGGGAAAUCCAGAUCCCAGUCACGAAUAUCCGGGCAGACGGAGGAGUGUGUAACAACGCUUUCGUCAUGCAGAUGACUUCAGACUUGAUUAACGAGAGAAUAGACAGACCAGCCCACUUCGACAUGUCCUGCUUGGGCGCGGCCACCCUGGCUGGCCUUGGUGUUGGAUUCUGGGCUAACAAGGAAGAGCUACAGAAGCUCAGGCGAAGUGAAAUGGUUUUCAAGCCCCAGAAGAAGUGGCAGGAAUAUGAAAUGAACAUGGAAAACUGGGUGAAAGCCGUGAAACGCUCCAUGAACUGGUAUAACAAGACAUAGCACUGAGCAGCCGACAGAAACCCCACGCUGGCGGGAUUCACAGAUGAGAGAAGCUCAGGGAUUCCCGACAUGACCGACUGUGGCCAAGAGGAGCCGAUUCAAACCGAGCCUCACUAGCGGAGAGAAAAAGUGUUGCUCUUUUAAAAAACUCACCAGAAAAAAAAUUCUUACUUUUUAAGUCCAAAUCUUAGUGAAAUUUUAAGGCAGUGAUACCUCAAAAUUGUGUCUUCUUUCUUCUAGCAACUUCCAAAGGAUAUUUUCCACUCCCAAGUACGUUUUGAUAAUUUUGUGUCCCCUUUUUAAUACCAGGUCAGUCACACAUAGGUCAUCGUUAUUCACCCUUCAGGGUCAAGCACCAUCACAUUUUGUUAAAAAUUAUGAAAAAAUGUUCUCAAACUUAAAAUCAAGUGGUCUAUUUGAAAUCCACAUAGCUAAAAAGGAGGACUAAUUGAGAAGGCAAAACGCUUUUUUGUAUAAAGUCAUAUUUUUAAGUGUCAUAUCCAAAUCUUUUUGUGCCACUCUGAGGUGAGCACUUUCCUUUGUUGUUCGUGAAGAGCCCUUAGCUCUUCCUUGCAUAACCUUUGUUAUUGUUGUUGAGGUGUGGUGUUACUGUAUAGCCCAGGCUAGCUUGGAGCUUUAGAUUCUCCUGCCUCAGUCUCCAGAUGCCUCAUCAUGCCAAGCUGAGCACACAUACAUCGAGGAACCAGUUUCAGUUAGUGGACUGAAGGCUGGGCAUUGUGGCAAAUGUUUGUGAUUCCAGGACUUUAGAGGCUGAGGGGAGCAGAGCAUGAACUUGAAGUCUAUUGGGCAGUGCGGGGAGUUCUAGGCCAUCUGGGUGACUUAAUGAGGCCCUGAAUUUAAAAACAAAACAGAACCUUUCAUUUUGUUUCUUUGAGAAAAGAUCUGUCAUCCAACUCAUGCUGGUUUCUAAUUCUUACAGAGUUCUAUGUAAGUCUAUUUUUAUAAAGUGCAAGUAGUUAAUGUAAAUCUUUCUAGUUCUUUAGAUUUCUUUAUUUUUUGAAAUGCUUGCAUAAAUGUCCCUUUUUAAAAAGUGCCUACUUGACAGAGUUUAAGUUAUUACUAGUUUUUGUUCAUUUGUUUUUUUGUUUUGUUUUGCGACUGAGUCUCAUUAUGUAGCUCAGGCUGGCCUAAACUCCUGAUCCUCUUGACUCAGUCUCCAGGACUAUAGGAGUGUGCCAUACCUGGCAUCAGAGUUCACUUUAAGUGCCCUAGUUUAUUGGUAGCUUAAAAAUUGGUUUCAUGGGUUACUUGUCAGUGUGUCUUUUGGUGUUUGUCUGUGCUGCUCACCUCUGAGAGAUAGCAUGGCUGGCUGAAUAGGUGAUGGACCAUGUGUGUGUGCUUGAUGUUUGCUUUAAGGCUGUAUACCUUUGAGCUAAUCUCACAUAAUGAAGCUUUGUUGCUGGAAACAGUGUCAAUGAGUGCAUUGAGAGAAGCCUCAGCUGGGUAUAAAAUUGCUAUGGGACAGUUGAUGGUGCUCCAGCCUCUUCUACAUCACUUGUCUCUCCAUUUGGGGAUUUGGAUUUUCAAGAGUGAAUGAACUUGUUCCCAUCACAGUCAAAACAUUUAAAAGUACUACCAUUAUAGAACUAUCUACUACAUAAUUAUCACUAAAGGAGCAACUGUUAGUGGUAAUGCUGUUGCUGCUAUCAUAGGUCCAUUUGGGAGUCAGUUAUGCUGAAUGAAUAGUUACAUUGCACUUUGUACAAAUUGUUUCCUUUGCUCCCAGUGUCUGAAAUUAUUCAGAAAAUAUCUAGUUUCUUAAUAGAAACAUUGUAGCAAACUAUAGCAUCAUUAACUCCAUUAACCUUUGGAUACACAACAAGAUGGUUGAGCAGGUAAAGGCACUUGUCAUACAAGCUUGCCAACCUGACUUCGGUCUCCUGAAGGAACCCAUGUAAAGGUGGAGGGAGAAAACUGACUCCAGUUAUCUUAUGACCUCCACAUGUGCAAGGUGCUGUGCACACAUUCUCCAUAAUAAUAAUAAAAAUUCUAAAAAAGAUUUGGAAAUAUUUUUUGUUAGAGGUAUUUUUGUUUACUGUAAGAAAUCAGAUUAUAUGUAGAUAUCUUAUUCUUCCUUUCCUACAAUGUUUUUUACAUAGCUUUGUAACCAAUCAUAGGUUUUCCCAUCAAUCAUGUGAAAGUUGCUUUAUUUAAAUAUUUGUAUAGGUUUUGUUGAUAGUUAUGAUUUCAUAGGUAGUAAUUCUUUUCAUUUGUAUUAGGAUAGACUAAGUUGUGAUGUUAGUUACUAAAGGUUUGUUUCCCAUUUCUUCCCUAUGCUCUUCUUAGCAUACAACUACAGAGUGAAGGAUAAAUACCCUUUAGAUAAUGUGAAAAACAACUAAUAUCUCACCCAAAUUGAGCUGCUCUUGAAAGAUCAGUGGCUUUUGUUUUGUUUUUCGAGACAGGGUUUCUCUGUGACUUUGGAGGCUGACCUGGAACUAGCUCUCGUAGACCAGGCUGGCCUCGAACUCACAGAGAUCCGCCUGCCUCUGCCUCCCGAGUACUGGGAUUAAAGGCAUGCACCACCAAUGCCUGGCAGGGCUUUUUUGUUUUUAUCUUCAGUGGAUCUAGAAGCUAAUCUUUGGCUCUUUGGCUUUCUGGCCAUAUUUUAGUGAUUCUUGUAAGAUAUAAGUAAAGUCAGGAAUACUAUGUCAUUUGUGGCUGUAGAGACAGUUGUUAAUCAAAAACAAUUGGAGAGCAUUCUCUUCAUCUACCUUUUGAAAAUAAAUUUAAUAUCCUAA